AUGGAGGUGCUGGAGCUGCAGACGCUGGAGGUGCUGGAGGUGCUGGAGCUGGAGGCACUGGAGCUGGAGGCGCUGGAGCUGGAGGCCCUCGAGCUGGAGGCACCAACGCUGGAGUUACUGGAGCUGGAGGUACUGGUGGUACUGGGGUUUUUAGUCCUGGAGGCACUGGUGCUGGAGGCAUUGUGGAGGCUCUCUCACCACAGCAGCUGCGCGAGUGGUACGCUCGGCGCACCCGCCUUCGGAGUCGCGCUGCUGGAGCUGGAGGCGCUGGAGCUGGAGGCACUGGGGCUGGAGGCGCUGGAGCUGGAGGCACUGGCGCUGGAGGUACUGGAGCUGGAGGCGCUGGCGCUGGAGGCGCUGGAGCUGGAGGCACUGGACGUGGAGACGCUGAAGCUAGAGGCGCUGGUACUGGAGGCGCUAGAGCUGGAGGCGCUGGAGCUGGAGGUGCUGGAGCUGGAGGCCCUGGAGCUGGAGGCGCUGGAGCUGGAGGUGCUGGCGCUGGAGGCGCUGGAGCUGGAGGCACUGGAGCUGGAGACGCUGGAGCUGGAGGCGCUAGCACUGGAGGUGCUGGCGCUGGAGGCACUGGAGUUGGUGACGCUGGAGCUGGAGGCGCUGGAGCUGGAGGUGCUGGCGCUGGAGGCACUGGGACUGGAGACGCUGGCGCUGGAGCCGGUGGCGCUGGAGCUGGAGCUGGUGGCGCUGGAGCUGAAGCUGUCCGACCUACCGCCUGAGUCGGUGCUCCGUUAG